GAUACGGCAUGGCAUGCAUGAUGGCUGCUUUCAAAGUAUAAACAAAUGGUAUAUACAUAUAUAAAUUUAUGUAGCUGUAAAAAAAUACAAUUAGAUAAUAUGACUAAACGUACUUCAAAAGAUUUAGAAGAGUUUUUUUUGGAUAAAUUGUAGCAAAUGCAAUGGUUGGGACAUUUAUGAAAACUUCGGAAUGAAAUGCAAAUACAAAAUUAAAAAAAACUCGAAACUUGAAAUGAUAUGUAAAGUCUGCAAACAAGAAACUAAAGUUAAUGAAAUCCUUGAAGAUCUAGUUUCGAUAAAGUCUCAAAUUUCAACGUUUAAAGUAAACAACGAAGUAAAUGUAACCAAAAUCAUAACAGAGGAUUUAUUAACAAACAUUUCAUUAAUGAAAUCUACUUGUUUCUUCGAAAAACUUGAAAACGAAAUGACAAUAAAUAACUACACCUGGGCUGAAGUUGUUAAUGGAGUAAAGCUAGAUCAGCAAGUAAUCAAUUCCGAACUAAUUGGAUUACGGGAUCAAAAUCCUAUAACUAGAGAGUUCAUAUUAAAACCUGAGCCAUCUCAAGAAGAUUUACUGUAUUUAAUUAAUGUAUUUGGAAUUGAUAGUCCCGAGUACUGGUUUUAUGCUCACCCACUUUGUAACGGAACAAGACAAUCCCCAGUUAACAUCUUAGAAAACGAAGUAGUUUAUAACGAAACUCUUACUCCAUUAGUUCUUCUUAACUACUCAACGGUAUUAAAUGAUGCUAGCUAUUAUCUGCUUAAUAAUGGUCACACAGUCAUGAUGGGAAUUCAAACAAAUAGCAGUGUACCUAUAGGCCUUAUGUGGAAAGGAAGACAAUAUAAUUACUAUGGACUUCACUUCCAUUGGGGUGAAAAUGACACAAUUGGAUGCGAACAUACACUGAGUAAUCGAUCAAAUCCACUUGAGGUGCACAUAAUUCAUUACUUAAGCGAAUAUGGAAACUUUAGCAACGCACUCAACUAUGGUGAUGGUCUUUUAGUUUGGGGAAACAUUUUUCAGAUUGAUAACACGAUUGAUGAAAGCAAAUCCCCACUUCAAGAUAUUUUUAACAAAAUUGAUAGAGUUACACUAGCAGAUAACAAGACAUUCAUCAACCCAAUACCACUUAAAUCAUUUGUUGCAGACAAUUCUACUGAUAGUUAUUAUCACUAUGAAGGAUCCUUAACUGCACCAGAAUGUACAGAGUCUGUAAUGUGGAUUGUUAAUCAUAAACGAAUGAAAGUUACAUCAAAUCAGAUGAAAAAUUUUCGAUUGUUAAAAGGCCAUUUACACAACUCAACUGACUCUGUUGAGUUAGAGAGCUUGAUCAACACCUUUAGACCAACGCAGCCGUUAUUUGGGAGAAAAGUGUACACAAGUGUUCAACUAAUGAACGGGUCAAGUUAUAACUCGACAAAUUUUUUCAACAAGUCAAGCGAAAUUUAUAAUUCUACCUCGUUUUCGACAGGUUCUGUCAUAAAGACCACGAUUGAAGUUCUUUUAUUAUGUUAUGCAUUUUUAAUCUUUUUUUAAUUCACCGUUCACUUUAUAUAUAUUUUACAUCAUACUUGAUGCUUUUUUCUUGUAUUUUAUAUGAAAUCAUUUGAUUUUACACCAAGUUUGUAAGCUUUUGUUUAAGUAUUGAAAUAAUAUAGUUAUAACUCAUAAUAUUUUUUGAGAAUAAAUAUUUCGAUGUAGAAAUAAAUUGUAAGCAAACUUAACAUUUAGA